UCUCACCUGGGAACUGCUCUGUGCUCCUGGGUGAUGCAGCAGAUUCUCAGUUUCAGAGCUCUGGCUUAAGAUCAAAUCACCCUGAGGUGGAAGAUUUGAAGCUGAAGAGGUUCCAGGUGAUCCUGAACUGCAUGCUUUGUUAAUCCCUCCUAGCAGAUGAUAAGAAGCAGUAAGCCUGUGUCAGGUGGAUCUCCUCUCUUGCCCUGUAGCCAUGCUUUCAGUUUCAAGCUAAUUUCCCAUCGUUUCUGCCUUGUUCUCAAAAUGGAGUAAGCAAAAAAUGUGGCUCCAGAUAUUCCCAAACUUAGGAGCCGGAGGAGGAAAUGACAUUCAGUGGUGUUUUUCUCAGGUGAAAGGUGCUGUGGAUGAUGAUGUAGCAGAAGCGGAUAUAAUUUCUACGGUAGAAUUUAACCAUUCUGGAGAGCUGUUAGCAACAGGAGACAAAGGAGGGCGAGUCGUCAUCUUUCAACAGGAGCAGGAGAACAAAACCCAGUCUCACAGUAGGGGAGAAUACAAUGUUUACAGUACCUUUCAAAGCCAUGAACCAGAGUUUGACUACUUGAAAAGUUUAGAAAUUGAAGAGAAGAUCAACAAAAUUAGGUGGUUACCCCAGAAAAAUGCUGCUCAAUUUUUAUUGUCUACAAACGAUAAAACAAUAAAGUUAUGGAAAAUCAGUGAAAGGGACAAGAGACCAGAGGGCUACAACCUGAAAGAGGAAGAUGGGCGGUACAGGGAUCCUACUACAGUCACAACACUACGGGUGCCAGUAUUCAGGCCCAUGGACCUCAUGGUUGAAGCUAGUCCACGAAGAAUAUUUGCCAAUGCUCACACGUAUCACAUCAAUUCCAUCUCCAUUAAUAGUGACUAUGAAACGUACCUAUCUGCAGAUGACCUGCGGAUUAAUUUGUGGCACCUAGAAAUUACAGACAGAAGUUUUAAUAUUGUAGAUAUUAAGCCUGCCAACAUGGAAGAGCUGACAGAGGUGAUAACAGCUGCAGAGUUCCACCCAAACAGCUGUAAUACAUUUGUAUACAGCAGCAGUAAAGGAACAAUUCGUCUCUGUGACAUGAGAGCAUCUGCCCUCUGUGACAGGCAUUCGAAAUUGUUUGAAGAACCAGAAGAUCCCAGCAACAGAUCGUUUUUCUCUGAAAUCAUCUCUUCCAUAUCUGAUGUCAAAUUUAGCCAUAGUGGUCGUUACAUGAUGACUAGAGAUUAUCUGUCGGUGAAGAUCUGGGAUUUAAAUAUGGAGAACAGACCUGUGGAAACAUACCAGGUGCAUGAAUACCUCAGAAGUAAACUUUGUUCACUGUAUGAAAACGAUUGCAUUUUUGACAAAUUUGAAUGCUGCUGGAACGGAUCAGACAGCAUCGUCAUGACAGGAUCUUACAACAACUUCUUCAGGAUGUUUGACAGAAACACGAAACGCGACGUCACCUUGGAGGCGUCUCGGGAGAACAACAAACCCCGCACGGUUCUGAAGCCACGCAAAGUGUGUGCGAGCGGUAAGAGAAAGAAGGAUGAGAUCAGUGUUGACAGCUUAGACUUCAACAAGAAGAUUCUACACACGGCCUGGCAUCCCAAGGAAAACAUCAUUGCUGUAGCUACUACAAACAACUUGUAUAUAUUUCAAGACAAAAUGAAUUAGGGUUGGCAUUCCUAACUGAAGAGUCCACUUCCUGCAUAGUUGAAAUAGUUGAAUCUAGCAUUUGUACCUGUAAACGAAAGAGAAUGAGAGGUCCAUUAUGGCACCCCUUUCCAGUGUUUAAAAUGUGCCAUAUGACAACACACUUUUAUAGCUACAUGGAGAAAGCUCUGUUGAUGUGUCACGGAGCUCUCCAUGUCUGCUAGCCAUUUAGGUGAGGAUAGGGCACUUUUUAAUUUAAAUGACUACUUGCACCAUCUUGCCUAAUGGACUAGAUUGGACUGUAUCAACAUCGGUUUACUCCACUUUUUAUGCCUUCCAUUGUGAUGACGUCAAACACAGGGAAAGCCUUCAAUCAUGCUAUGGGAUUUAAUUGUGUAACCUCAUUACUGUAUCAUUUGUGGCCCCUUUUUUUUAUUAAAUACAGCUCAUUCUUGCUGUGGCUUGUAGCAUUCCUCCUUCUGGCUUCCUGGACUCCCCCUUUCCCUUUCAUCCCCCUCCACCUCGCCCUGGUGGUGGUGUAUAGAGGAAAAGAAACAAAAAACACAAAAUAAAGCACAUGAGAUGGGUCCGUUUGGGGUCAGUGGUAAAGGGGGUCUGUGUUGCAACAAAUGUUUUAAUGAACAGUUGACUGUAAUCACUCCUUGCCGUGUCUGGCACCAAGAAAAAGAGAGAAAAUAAGGAGAAAAAAAAAAACUACUGAAUAAAAGUGACAAAGAAUGGAGAAUCUGUUUUCUUUUUUUAAUCUACCUCUUUAUACAAAUACUCUGUGUUUUACCUUAGAUGCAUGAAAAUAAAUGAUGUUUUUUGUAAUGAUUUUAA